AGCAAAAAGAAAGGAGACUGAAAAGAGGAAUAUCAAAACCGCGCUGGCCAUUGACCAGUUUGGCCGCCUCGAAAAUCCAUUUCUAUAAGAACACAUUUCUUUUGAUUGAACAGAUUCAGAAGUAAAUUCGAGCUGGUGGCAAGGGCCUUUGAGCUUGAGGACAAAGAAGAAGAGUAUUUAUGGCGGCUUCGAAGCUCCAAGCGUUGUGGAACCACCCUGCUGGCCCUAAAACCAUUCACUUCUGGGCACCAACCUUUAAGUGGGGUAUCAGUAUAGCCAAUAUUGCUGACUUCUCUAAGCCACCAGAAAAAAUUUCUUAUCCUCAACAAAUAGCUGUUACAGCCACUGGAGUAAUCUGGUCACGUUACAGCACCGUGAUCACACCGAAGAACUGGAACCUUUUUAGUGUCAACAUUGCAAUGGCAGGGACUGGCAUCUACCAAUUGACAAGAAAAAUACAGCAUGAUUAUUUCUCCAAGGAGGAAGUAGCUGUUGCCAAAGAAUGACGACGAAAUAUGAUCUAUUCUUCAUUUAUCUCUGUGACGAUCAAAAUUUCCCUUACUUUUUCAUGCAUCUCCUCCUCCAAUUCUGACCUACCAAAGUCUCUAUGACUUCUCCUUUAUUUUCAAUCAAUUUAUCUUUCUUUAUUUUACUUUUGUAGCUAUGCCACUAUGCUUGAAACUGUUCGGAAAAAUAAAUAAGAUCCUAUUUAGCCAACAUCACACUAAUGAAACGCUUCUUAAUGGAUGAGUUAUGGAAAUUGUGCAUUAAUAACAUC